CAAUGCACCGCUAUGGGCAUCACCAUCUACGCCAACCUAUGUAUUCCAGGACGCUCCCUAAUUGUUGACAAUAUUACUAUUUUUUUUCUGUGGGAGUUGUAUAAACCAGCCAGCCAGCGCAGAAUCUCCAAGCAUGAUUCCGACUUCUAUCGUCGAUUUAUCUCAUCCACUGGAAAAUGGCAUGACCUGCUAUCCUGGCGAUCCCUCCUUCAGAAUUCGUCGUUUAUGCAAUUUCCCAGUUUCAGUCCAUGAGUUCACGUGUAGCACGCACACUGGAACUCACCUGGACGCGCCAUUCCACUUCUUUCCGGACGGCGCUAAAUUGAAUGAUAUACCUCUAGAACGAUUCGUAGGACGGGCUGUUGUGUUGGAUGUUCGUCAUGCCGCACAUCCCAGGAGAAAGAUCGGAUGGGCAGACGUCGAUGUCGCGUACAACACACUGAGUCUGCGGGAGAUCGGGUUGCGCGCAGAGGGAAAAAAGGAUAUUGUCUUGCUCUGGACAGGCUGGGACGUGCACUGGAAUACUCCGGCGUACUUUGCGCAUCCGUACUUCACGCGGGAGUUGGCAGAGAGAUUGCAAGACAUGGGUGCAGGGCUAGUUGGCUUGGACACGUUGAGUCCAGACGAAACACCUGCGGAUGCCAAUGAGGGCGGUGAGCCAGGUGAUGGCUUCGUCGUGCAUGAGGUGUUACUGGGGGCCGGGAGACUCAUAUGCGAGAAUUUGCGAGGGCUCGGAACGUUGAUCGGGGACUCGGGGGAGGCAUGGGUGAGCAUCGUCCCGCUAAAGAUCAGCGGUUCAGAUGGUUCACCUGUGCGAGCUUAUGGGUGGAGGCAACCCUAACAGUCGCCGGCCUAGAAAUCCAAGUACGUUUUGCAUUCGUUGUACAUUACCCGUGCAUUCGGCGAAAACUUAUACGCUUGCAACUUGCGUGCGGUCGGCCCUCCAUGAGUUAACUGAUAAACUCAUGGAUACAAUUGCAUGUACAGGGUUCUAAAAGCAGUACUGUAAGAGACUAUGUACGACCUACCUACGAUGCUACCUACGAAGCAGAGGAGACAAUGAAAAAAAAAAAAAAAAAAAGAAAAGAAGAAA